AGCCUAUAAAAAAUGGAAAAUCCUGAAUCCCACAGUAUGUGAACUUCAAUCUGCUAAUCAGGUAUACCAAAAAAAUAUAAAAGAUCUUGAAACGGAAGUCAAAGGAGACACCCCAGAAGCCAUGUUUCAUCAGAUUAGGGCGUUAGGGAAAUCUAAGGAAAAUGGAGAUGAGCAUACAUCUGCUUCUGUGAAUGGAAAACAGAAUUCACUUUUCCUCCCUAAAGAUAAUAAACAACUUUCAUCUGACAGCAAAAUAAGUAGGGAGAAGGAGAAUGAUGAUCCUCCAUCAUCCAUUUCUCAUCAACGAGACAAAGUGUUGUCAGUGGCCAUGUUUAAUGACUGUAAAGAAUCAUUAUCAGAAAAAAUCAUACUGCAGGAUUUCCCAAACACAGUAGAAGCCUUUAAACCAGCAAAAGGCAAAAUUAUUACAGAAGUGAAAUGUGGGGCUUUCAGUGUGCAAGUAGAAAUCAAGAAUAGAUUUUUCUGUAAAACAGGAAUGCAGUUCCCAACAAAAAGGAGAUGUCCAAAAUGUCAUCAGCAUUACUUUUCCAGACACAGUCAGAGAUGCUAUACUUCUAGAAGCUGCUCUUCUAUAUACAGGAAUAUGUUAGUAGAACUAAAACCUGAGGUGCCAUCUGAAUCUGAAGGAGAAGUUGCCAGAAAAGGGAGACCUUCACUAAAAGUAAGCAUUGUAGGAAAAGAAGUUAAAGUAAAAUACAUGAGUAAGAAACAGAAUAUAUUAAUUAAUAUAGCUUAUCCUAAAAGAAGGGGAAAAAGAGCUAAAUACAGAAACAUUUCCUCCGAUCACACUACUGAAGAAUGUUCCAGGUCUUCUCUACCGUCUGAUAUUAGGUGCCCUGAAAAGUGGAAGCUUGAGAACAAGCAUCAGAGUUCAGACUGUUUUCAUGUUUCUCCUUCUAUUGUGUGUGCCGUCCAGAAGGAGAAGAAAGUUGAUAGAGAGGUGGAGUUUCUGUGCUCAACCCCUGAGAGGGAGAAGACUAAGCCUGACUCACUAUCUUCAGUUUUAGAUGACUGUGAGGUAGAAUCUGCCAUGUCUCAGCAGAAUGACUUUAAAAUCGGUCAGAACAUCCUCAACAAGAAAAAUUUCUCUGAGGCUGAGACUCUUCUCAAAAACAUUCCUCCUAUUUCACAAGGUACCCUAAAGACCACAAGUUUAAGUGAUACAGACUUAAGUAGCAUGCCUUUUGAGGAUCUGAAGGAUGUGGUUAGAGAGAGAAAACUCGUCUUCGAUAUACCAGAAAAUAUCACAUCAGACUCAUGUACACGGCAAAGCCCAGAAGGAAUAAAUUAUUUGCCAAGUGCCAUUACUGACAUCUUCCCAGUUCAAGAUGGCAAAGAUUCUGACUUCUGUUCUUCAUCUUCUCUGAGCAGGCAAGUGGUAGGAGAAAAAGCAGCCAGCACUUAUUGCAAAGGCAGCAAAAUUCCAACUGCAGAUUGUUGUGAGGAAUCAAGUUCUUUAUCUUUGCCUUCCAGUCAAAAUGUUCUGAAGCCUUCCACCUCAUUCAGCCCAUCCCACUGGGCCACCAGACAAUCAGAAGUGAAAGAAGUCCCUGGGGAUACAUUUUCUUUUAAUCAUUGUGCUGAACUUUUGAAAACCUGUGAGGAAGAGCAUAUUGAUAGGACUGACAGAGACUUUAACAAGGCCGCUUUACAUAGUGACUCUCGUACAAACGCACAGCAACUACUGGAAAUGAAGAGUACACGAUGUCCAACUCUCAGUCCUGAAUCCUCCAGCAGCCUCUCUGCCAGCAGCCCACUCAACAGGAACAGCCAUAGCACUGUGCAAUGGAGUCAAACAAAAUCCCAGACAGGUCAUCCAGAGAUAGCAGUGCCCAGCAAAACAAAAGAGCUAGUCAUGACCUUAAUAACUGAUGAAUUAGAGCAAAGAUUAAUUAUUCAUAAUGAUAAAGGAGGCACGGUUUAUUCUAAUUGUCCCAUGGGAAUAAAAAAUCCUAAAGACUCACCCAGCUCCCUGGGAAAUGGUGAAAAAGACAAAUUCGAAAUAAUGCCAGUGGUAAAGAAUGCAUGCCAUAGAGAUUUUGAAGACCUAUCAGAUGAGAACCACAAUGAAGUCUGUUUCCAAAUGGAUUUGCCGAACACCACUGAGUUCAACUGCACAGAAUGUGCUGCAGAUAAUCUGUUUAUUGAGAAGACACUGACCAAUGAUGCAGACCAAUAUGAAAACCAAGAUGACAAAGGCCUCGGACUAACCAGUUUUAAAGAGGAGCCAGCAGAGUACCAAAGGAUUGCAUCAACAAAGCCAGAUUCUGAAGGAGAUAAAAAUGACCCAAAGGAAACUUACUAUCACCAAAUAGACAUAUUGCUGUCGCCUCGGAAGCAGAAAGCCUUGACAGAUUGGAAUCUGGAAAUAAAUAGCCUCCGCAAGUUAUCCCAGGAAUUGGCUCCAAGAGGUACAAGGGCCAGUGAUGGUUCCCAAGAAGAAGCAAUAGACCAGUGGGCCAGAAGGAGGCAGCAAUUCAAAGAUGGCAAAAGAUGCAGCUCAGCAGGGGAAAGUUCAUUUACCAGCAACAUCACCGAAGGGUCCAUCACCUCAGAAGAUGGCUGUUCUGUGGAUCUUGGCUUUCGAGUUGACCUUGAAGAGAAAGGAUUCUACACAGAGAAUUUCCAUUCAGCAGCAUGGGUUUUCCGAGGGGAUGAUGGGAAUCCUGAGGACAGUCCCAGAUGUCUUAGUAAAAAACCCCGACCAGUAGCUGUUCGAGAGCGAACCGUGAGGCUGUUCAAAGGGACUGGUGAUUAUCCCUGGGGAUUCCGAAUUCAAUUCUCCAAACCAAUCGUGGUAACUGAAGUGGAUGCUAACAGCGCCGCUGAGGAAGCCGGGCUCCAGAUUGGAGAUGUGGUGCUGGCUGUCAACGGCACGGAGGUCACCAGUGUGGAGCAUGCAGAAGCCGUGCACCUGGCAAGGAAAGGUCCAGACAUCUUGACUCUGGUGGUGGGAUCUGACAUCAGUCGCUGUCCCAAUACCCCUUGGCCCACCUGCCGCGGCUACUUACAUAAAAGGACUCACUCCGGUUUUGUGAAGGGUUGGAGGAAGAGGUGGUUUGUGCUGAAGCAUGAUGGCUGCCUCCACUAUUACAGACAUAAGAAGGAUGAAGGAAAAUGUUCGCCUCUAGAAGUAAUAAAAUUAGAAGGUGCAGAAGUUGGCAUUGAUAGCAGUUUGGGAAAACCAUUUGUGUUUAACUGUGUGCCUCAGUCUGGAAAUAGAACAUUUUGCUUCUGUGCAACCUCAAACCAAGAAAUGAAAAGGUGGCUGGAGGCAAUGGACAAAGCAAUCCAUCCUGUCCGCCAGAACCACGUCUGGGAAGACGUCACCCUGCACAACAGUAACCUCCCACCCCUGGCUAUCAAGAACCCAGAGUGCCUAGGCCUUUUGCACCAACUGGACAGAAAUACAGAUAUGUGGGUCCAGCACUACUGCAUUCUGAAGGAUGGCUGCUUGUACUUCUAUGCUAGCAUUCGCUCCACCCAGGCCUCAGGUGGUCUAUAUCUGCAAGGAUACAGGGUGAACGAGCAGAUACUUAGCUUCAAGCAGUCAGUAAUUGAACUCAAACCUCCAUCUGAAGAGUUCAAGACUUUCUAUUUCUGUGCAGAAAAUAAUACAGAAAACCAACGCUGGAUUACAGCGCUGAAAGCAUCUAUCAAAAAGUGGCUUCCUUUGCAUCAGGCUAUUCAAGACUUCAUGAAUCGACCUCUAGAGGAGACCAGAAUGUAAAAGAAACCCUAAUCUUAAGAGAAAGGACCCACAAAAUCACUACCAGCCUGUUGUGGGAAGAAACAAAAACAUUUUUUAUUACAUAGCAUUCAACUGAAUGUUCCUCCAAAACAUUAAAAUUUUGUGAUAAUAUUAUCACUUUGUUUUUGAACCAAAGCACCAACAUCUAAUGCGACAUUCAGAAAAUAGAAUAUCUAUCAACAUCAUUAAUAUCUCACGUUUCUGCCCCUCAGGCUGCUCGUGUUAGCAUCAAAAAAUAGUAUGUUCCAUACCCAUGUCUUUUGAAAGCAUAAAUUCAAUAAAAGUUAAUUUCUUUUUUGUA